AUGAUAUUUCCGGCAUUUGUUGCAAACCUUGAGGACGUAUACCCCAGCAGCUCUUCAAGUUCUAGAGGCUCCUACCAGAUCUCAGACCAAAUCGUUGACAUAGGCUUCCCCCAAAUCAUGCAACUGACCUGGACACCAUCACCCUCUACAAUGGCUCUCUUCAUCUCUGAGCCCGGUUCUCAUACUCUGUAUGCAGUCUGUAUGCCUCGCGGCUGGCAAGGACCGACAUAUCUCUUCCCAGGGUCCAGUGUUGCUGGAGAUCCAAUAUCGUCUGGAAUAAGAUCCAGCGACGGGUUCACCUUUCAACUCCCCGGAAUACCCAGCUACAACACUCCCUCCGACCAAGUCAUUAUGACCUACCAUCGCUCGCGGUCUAAUCCCCGAUACACCUUCUCGAUGAGGGUUGAACAUGGUGGAAGUCGCAGAACAGAGUCCUUCGAGUGGCGCGUCUCGUCAGAAGCUCAGAGAGGCGCUUACAGCAUGGUAUGGGAGCUUGUAUCGCUAGGCCGUACAAGCAAGUCAAGCUCGGCCCGCUCUCGAAGUGCUGAAGUUGUUGCGAUGAUACACGAAGACAAUACAGCAUCUGCAUCGGUGUCUGCCCAAAGGUCGGGAGGAUUCCAAUUUCUGGGCAGGGCAGCCACGGGUUCAAUGGGAUAUCACUGGACUGUCACAGCUUUAAUGACCAGUGUAGCAAUUCUGCAGGAUACCGGCCGGGGCUAG